GCCAACCCAGUGGUCUUCCUAGACAUCACGAUUGGUGGCGAGUCAGCCGGCCGCAUACUCCUCGAGCUGUACAAGGAUGUCGUACCAAAGACCGCUGAGAACUUCCGGGCUCUGUGCACGGGGGAGAAGGGCGUUGGGGAGAAGGGUGUGCCGCUGUGCUUCAAGGGCUCCACCUUCCACCGAGUGAUCCCAGACUUCAUGAUCCAAGGAGGCGACUUCACUGCCGGCAACGGAACCGGCGGUGAGUCCAUUUACGGGGACCGCUUCGAGGACGAGAACUUCACUCUGCUGCACGACACGCCGGGAUUGCUAUCCCUGGCUAAUGCAGGUCCCAACACCAACGGAAGCCAGUUCUUCAUAACCACGGUGCCCACUCCGCACCUGAACGGCAAGCACGUCGUGUUUGGUCGGGUGCUCAAG